CGAAUAAUUAUAUGCUGGUAUUUAUGAUAUAGCGUCAGUUUGUUCAUAACAGUUGGGAUUUAUAGUCACUCAUUCUGCUUAGAUGGGGCUUGUCUAUCCGUGUUAAACCAAUAUGAAAUCACCGCUGAUUAUAUAGCGGCAUGUUUUCUCUGAAAAUUCCGAUCCAACAUUGACAAUGGCUACCAAGUACGUCUCCAGCAAAGAAACAACCAAUUUUGCCCGGAUUUCCAGGCUGAUUGUUGAUAUUUGCUGUGAUCUUUUGAGAUCUGUACUUGAUGCUAAGCUCUCCUUCACUCAACUUGAUGUAUUUGUACAAAGCCAACAAUCUCACCUCUACCAAUACCUGGACCCGAAUCAGCGCCGUGUUCUGUUUCCUCGAGUUGGAAAGUUUACAGGUACCUCUAAGGAUUUAGAUUUUACCCUCCUCUACAAACUAUUUCGACAUCUCCUAAAUAUAGGUAUCCCACCUCAUAAUAAAGGUUGGGGGAAGAUACCAGACAGUUUUGACACGUCACUUUCGGCCAACAUUGACCGGUUAAGAGUCCAAAGAAAUGAGGUCGUUGGACACCUACCUAAAGCAUCACUUUCUGAUACAGACUUCAGUGAAAGGUGGAUCAUCAUCCGCCAAUGUGUCUUUGAAAUAGAGAAAGAUAUUAUGUCACCGGAAAAAUUUGUAACGGAUGUUGAUGCUCUACUCACCAUGUGUAUGGACCCCGCAACAGAGAGGCAGUAUAUCGAGAAACUGGAGAAACAACGUGAUUUGUUCUUGGAGGUCAAGGACCUUGUGGAGGAUAUUAAAGGCGAUCUCACUGAUGUUACAAUCCAACAGAGAACCAUGGCAACGGACAUCAGUGAUGUUACAAUACAACAGAGAACCAUGGCAAUGGACAUCAGUGAUGUUACAAUCCAACAGAGAACCAUGGCAGCGGACAUCAGUGAUGUUACAAUCCAACAGAAAACCUUGGCAACGGACAUCAGUGAUGUUAAAAUCCAACAGAGAACCAUGGCAACGGACAUCAGUGAUGUUACAAUCCAACAGAGAACCAUGGCAACGGGCAUCAGUGAUGUAACAAUCCAACAGAGAACCAUGGCAACGGAUAUCAGUGAUGUUACAAUCCAACAGAAAACCUUGAAAACAGACAUGACUUCACUUAAGGAUGACGUUAAUACUGUGAAGGAAGCACUGACUAGCAACCGACCAGCGCAUCGUAAAGAUCCCAAUCCUAAGAUAGCAGCUAUGAUAGACAUAACCAAAGAAAUGGUAAAACAAAACACAGUGAAUAAAUUCAUUGUCACUCAGGGUUUCCAGGACGCUAAAGAAAAGCUCCUCGAGAACCGGGUAGUCGUUGUGAAGGGCAACACCGGAGAUGGUAAGACAGCUACUGUCGUUAAGCUUCUUUAUUGGAUGUGUGAGGAACAACCAGGCCGACAACCCCUACAGAUUCACAAUAUUGAAGACCUGGAUUCAGUGUCUCCAAAAUCACAAUACAUUUGUUUGAUUGAUGACAUAUUUGGAACACAAUGUGCGAGAGAAAAAGAUCUAGGUGAAUGGGAUAAAAGGGUUAAAUCUGUUCUACCGAUUCUUUGUGGGAAUGCAAACACCGAGGCCAACUUUAUCGUAAUUACAGUUCGAAAUGAGGUCUUUAAUUACUUCAAAAAUCUUAUUUCAGACUCAGUUUUCACCGACUCAAAUAUUAUAGAUCUUAGCUGUGAUAACUACAAGAUUGCAGAAGAACAAAUGCAACUCUUAAAGCUUUACACACCUACACAAAAUAACUUUACAUGGACAGAGACAGAAAUGAAAAAGAUCGUCGAAUGCGCCCCGUGUAUUGGAUUCCCUCAAUGCUGUCGGUUAUUCAGAGAUAUUCCUGCCUUGCAGAAAGACAGAGUGAAUUUUUUUCAGAUGCCUUUCCAGUUUUUGGAAAAUGCGCUGUCAAAGUUAAGAGAAUGUACUGCCCUUUUGUUUCUCUUCCUCAAUGGGGGUAACAUUAAGGAAAAGGGUCUAGAUCCUAAUGGAGAAAAAGUCAGUAAAAUAUUGCUUGUGGAAUCGUUUGAAGUUGAUUUAAUGUAUGACAAAGAUGACAAAAGUAUGUGGUCUUACAAGAAAAAAAUUGGAUUUGUAAAGGAUAGUUUAGAAACUUUAUUAGGUUUCUUGGUGGUUAAGGAGAAACAAUUGUCUGGUGAUGUGUACAAAUUUUACCAUGACUCGAUACAUGCCACAGUGGCACUUCUGUAUGGUAGAAAAAGUCUUAUAGGUUACAUAAAGUAUUCUCCAAAAUAUUCACUGGGUAAUCUAAACACUUCAAAAAUGUCUUCAGACAGUAUUGUCAUAUCACCAGAGGAAUACACAUAUAUGUAUGAACGAUUACUCCGAGAGUUGGAAUGUAUAGAGAGGUAUGAUGUUACUAUUGGCUCUCUAGAUGUAUGGCAUGAUGGUGAGUUUCUGAAUGGAUUCGUCAGAUGGCUGAGUGAUAAAAAUGUUGAUAAACUUGGUGUGUUGAAUAACGCAUGUUCUUCUGGUGCAGAAAAAUGUGCUUUACAUCUUCUUUCUAGUGGUGUAAAACCUGACAUGGACACUCCUUUGUUGUCAUUGAUUAAGAGACGUUGCUAUCAUGAUGGAGAAUAUGUGGAUGUACUUAAGAAAGUUGUUGUAUACUUAAAUGAUGAGAUGAAACUUGACUUGCUAAACAAAGCAUGUUGCUCUGGUCCAGAAGUAUGUGCUAAAUAUCUUCUAUCUGAGGAUGUAGAAUGUGACAAGAACACACCAUUUUUUGUAGUGAAGCACGGAAGCGUAAAUGUUCUUGCAACGAUUGUCAGUGAUUUGAACGAUAAGACAAAACUUGCCGUAUUAAAUGUGUUUUGUUAUACUGGUUCAGAAGAAUGUGUUUCAGAUAUCAUAUCUAGAGGUGUAAAACCUGACUUGGACACGGCGAGAUGUGUGUGGAUGGGAGGAAGUGAGAAUGUGAUGGAUAAAAUAUGGGAGUAUUUAUACACCAAAACAGAGACAUACACAUCACAGUCAUCACGCGAUGAUGGCAAUGUCCUACAUUUGGCGUGCCGGUCUGAAAUAGAAGAGUUUGUGACAGGGAUUUGUGAAAAGUAUCCAAAAUUGAUACAAGAUGGUAAUGAGUCAGGACAAACCCCGCUUCAUGUUGCGGCGCAGACGGGGAACUGUGGUAUAUUUCACAUAGUGGAAAGAUUUCUACUUAAAUCCUUAUGUAGAGAUGAAGAUGAACAACAUAAGUGUGAGUUAGAAGAAGGUAGUGUGGUACAUAGGAGUUGUGCGUGUGCUCAGUACAUGAAUCAGUUAGUGGACAUGUUUGGGAAAACUGUGUUACAUGUUAGUUGUGAGGAAGGACACAUGGAGAUUUGUAAAUAUUUGUGGAAGUCGUACCCGUCACUUACCAGAGUAGUAAAUAAGAUCGGUUGGACAGUGUUACAUGUGAGUUGUGAGAAAGGACACCUGGAGAUUUGUAAAUAUUUGUGCGAGUCGUACCCAGCACUAACCACAGCUGUAGAUAAGAGAGGUUGGACAGUGUUACAUAUGAGUUGUGCGACGGGAUACAUGGAGAUUUGUAAAUAUUUGUGCGAGUCGUACCCAUCAUUAACCACAGUUGUAAAUAAGUACGAGAGAACAGUGUUACAUGCGAGUUGUUUGUUUGGACACAUGGAGAUUUGUAAAUAUUUGUGCGAGUCGUACCCAGCACUAACCAUAGCUGUAGAUAAGAGAGGUGGGACAGUGUUACAUAUGAGUUGUGUGACGGGAUACAUGGAGAUUUGUAAAUAUUUGUGCGAAUCAUACCCAUCAUUAAUCACAGAUGUAGAUAAGAACGGUAUGACAGUGUUGCAUGCCAUGGCGAUUUGUAAAUAUUUGUGCGAGUCGUACCCAGCACUAACCACAGUUGUAGAUAAGAACGGUAUGGCAGUGUUGCAUGCAAGUUGUGCAAUGGGACACACGGAGAUUUGUAAAUAUUUGUGCGAGUCGUACCCAUCAUUAACCACAGCUGUAGAUAAGAACGGUGGGACAGUGUUACAUGUGAGUUGUGAGAAAGGACACAUGGAGAUUUGUAAAUAUUUGUGCGAGACGUACCCAGCACUAACCACAGUUGAAGGGAAGAAUGGUAAGACAGUGUUUCAUGCAAGUUGUGAGAUGGGACAAAUGGAGAUUUGUAAAUCUUUGUGCGAGUCAUACCCAGCACUAAUCACAGCUGUAGAUAAGAACGGUAUGACGGUGUUACAUGCGAGUUGUUUCUUUGGACACAUGGAGAUAUGUAAAUAUUUGUGCGAGUCGUACCCAUCAUUAACCACAGCUGUAGAUAAGAACGGUAUGACAGUGUUGCAUGCAAGUUGUGCGAUGGGACACAUGGAGAUUUGUAAAUAUUUGUGA